GUCAAAGCUUCAAUGUUUAUACAAUAUUACAAUUCCAGGCGUCCAUAGGACAAAAAUAAAACUAACACCGUUGGGGUGUGCACCAUUUUCACAUUUAAAUUUCUCACAAAAGGUGCUAUCAAAUCAAAUAAAUUGCUACAGAAUUUUUGGGAGUGCAGGAGGUGUCGGAAUCGUGCAGAAGACCUUACGGAGGUCAGGGUGUUGGAGUGUGGGCAGGCUUAGCGAUUGGGCUGGUCCAAGCGCGCUCAACGAUGAAAAACAGCGGGGAUAUAUAGCAGGCGGCCGCGGAAGAGGCAGACAUAACGGAAUCACUUUGGACUAUAAACAUUAGCGUUGCAUUUUAAUUCCUGCAGAUCGUGUUAAUUGGGUUAAUUCCUAAGGCAGAGGGUGUGACGCGCACCCACAAAGGACAAGGCGCAGAAAAUGCACUGAGCUCUCCCCAGCCCUCGUCCUGUGGCACCCCCUUGUGAGCAGUAGAAGAUGAGCACCUCGCCCACCCCUAAGGGCACGCCUGUGCAGCAGAGCUCCAACGAUGGGGGCCCUAGUGAUGGGGUCCUUGAGGCCCUUGUGUCUCCACAGCACUCUACACCCGGCUCCUCCGGGCACCAACACAAGAAACGCGUCUCCAGUCUCUUGCAGAGCCCGUCGUUCCGUGAGGAGCUGGAUGUUCUGAUCCAGGAACAGAUGAAGAAGGGAGGCAGCAGCUCCAACCUCUGGGCUCUAAGGCAGCUAGCUGACUACAUGGCCUCUCACGGCUCACCUGCCGCCCUGUCCGCCUCCCCCUCCAGUACAGGCAUGAUGAUGGUGACGCCCAUCAAUGACCUACAUGGCUUGGAGCCCAGCAGCAUGGUGAAGGGAGAGAGGCUGAUGCGCUGUAAACUGGCCAGUGUUCACCGCUUGCUGGACCUCUACGGCUGGGCCCAGCUCAGCCACACCUGCCUCACCCUGCGUGUCAGUAAGGAACAGGAGCACUUCCUGGUUCUGCCCGAUGGCCUGGCCUAUGGUGAGGUCACUGCCUCUAGCCUGGCGAAGGUGAAUAUCCUGGGGGAGGUGGUAGAGAGGGGCAGCACCACCCUGGGGGUAGACCUGGGUUCCUUCAGCCUCCACUCAGCCAUCUACUCCACCCGGCCAGACGUACGCUGUCUGGUGCACCUCCACACCCCUGCCACCGCCGCCGUGUCCGCCAUGAAGUGUGGCCUCCUGCCACUGUCCCAUGAGGCUCUGCUGGUGGGUGAGGUGGCGUAUUAUGACUACAAUGGGCUGAUGGAGAACGAGGAGGACAGGGUGGAGCUCCAGAAGAGCCUCGGGCCCACCUGCAAGGUGCUGUUGCUUCGAAACCAUGGCAUCGUGGCCCUGGGGGAGUCAGUGGAGGAGGCUUUCUACACCAUCUACCACAUCCAGGCUGCCUGUCAGAUCCAGGUGUCAGCAUUGUGCAGCGCUGGAGGAGAGCAGAACCUGAUCAUGUUGGACCGCUCCACCCAUAAACCCAACGCUGCAGGCACCGUGGGCUGGGCCGGAUCCACCUUCGGCCCCCUGACCAAGAGUCGACUCGGGGAGCACGAGUUUGAGGCUCUCAUGAGGACUCUGGACAACCUGGGUUACCGUACCGGCUACGCCUACCGCUUCCCCGUGCUACUGGAGCGUUCACGGACACGGAGGGAGGUGGAGGUCCCCGCCACAGUCCACUCCUUCCAGUUUGAGGAGGAGGGAGUGCACCCAUUACCCCGCCAGCACCCCUACGCCCAGCGGCAGCAGCAGGAGAAGACCCGCUGGCUCAACACCCCCAACUCCUACCUGAGGGUGAACCAAGACCAAGCCAGCCCCGGACACCAGCGCACCACAUGGCUGAAGACAGAGGAGAUGCAACAAGGAGCCAUCAAGAUUGAGAACUCAAAUCAGUUUGUUCCUCUUUUUACCAACCCUCAAGAGGUGCUGGAAACACGAAAUAAGAUCCGGCAGCAGAACCGUCAGGACAUGAAGACAGCAGGACCCCAGUCCCAAGUACUAGCUGGUGUCAUAACGGAUGGUAGUCUACCGGUCCAGAAAAAACUGCAUGUUGCUGUAAAAAAGAGUGUGCUCUCAGUCAACAAUAACAACAAAGUAAAGUCUCCAGACCCGGCAGAACUUGCGAAACCUGAGCCAGAGACCCCCAACCCGUUUAACCAGCUGACAGACAAGGAGCUGGAUGAGUACCGCAAGGAGGUGCAGAGGAAAGCAGAAGGUCAAACAGAUGUAGGGGAGGAGGUGGAGAAUGAGAAGGAGUCUCCCCCAACUACCCCCCCCACCAACAACCCUACCCCCUGCAAUCCCCCACCCUCAGAUGAGACAAAGAAAGACUCCACGGCAGUUCAGAACGGGAAAGGAGAGGAGGAGAAGCAGACCACGGAGGAGCUGGAGAAAGGGAUGAAGGCUUUGUCUACCAAUGACACUUCUACACCCCCCUCCACCACCCCUGCUGCCCCACCCGCUAAACCGCCCAGCAACACCCCUGAGGGAUCCCCCUCCAAGUCCCCCUCGAAGAAGAAAAAGAAGUUCAAGGCCCCCUCAUUCCUAAAGAAGAGCAAGAAGAAAGAGAAAGCUGAAACUUGAGGGGACAUGUAAAAGAUUCUGACACACACCCUCCACUUCUCACUCACACUCAAGACUCCUGUAUGUAUAGCUCAGUCACUCAUCACGUCUAGAAGUAAUUCUAAUUCUAUGUUUUAUUUGGCGAUAUUGUUUCUGUACAACUCUCAAAUGAUCUUGAAACAAUCCACAAUAAUUCAAAAUGAAAUAGAAUCAACAACACCACCUGAAUGAUGCACUCCCUAUUUAUUAUAAGAAGGAAUGCACUUGACACAAUAUGAUUAUAAACCAAUGCUGCAUUGAAGCAUCCUCAUAGGUACCCCCUGGUCUGGUCAUGUUUAUUAGUUUUUAAUAGUCAGAUGAAGGUAACAGGUAUGUACAGUAAUGCGAGCACAGGUGCAGUACAUCUAGAAUUAUGCAGGUAUAAUAAUGUGCUAUUUUUAGCAGAAGUCUUGUUCCAAUUAAACUAACUAUUCAAGUCAUAGACAGCAGGGACAAAUAAGGAAAUAAAUGCUUAAAAAAGAAAGUCCCGAACAUUAAGCUGACAGCUAUAAAUGCCACUAAUACCAAGCAAGGAUAUGAUCUAAGCAUUAUGGAAGAAACUUGUUGCUUGAUGUUGCAAACUGAAGCCAAACUAAAAGGCACUAAACAUUCCACUUUUCACCAAAUGUUUCUUUGAAAUAUGUGUACAAAAUGCCUCUACAGCUGUAAUUAUUUUUAUGAUCAGUAGCUGUUAUCAAAAUGCUGAUGUGUGAUAUUUGUUGGUUUUUAAUGUAUUAUUUCAUAUUAGAAUGUAAAGUGAAAAGUUGCAAGGUUAAAAUGUACCAGUCAUUAAAGAUCAAAGUUGAUUUCAA